UCCCUCGCGCCUGGAUCCCGGCCUGCAGGGGGAUCCCAGCUCUCCUCUCUCUCCUCUCUCUCCUCUCAGGGACCGACGGGACAGACAUGGCUGACGGAGCUCGUGAGGACAGAGACGGCUGAUCUUCUGUACAUCAACGCGUACGGGUCUGAGAGCCAUGGGCUUCGGCUGGAUAUGAAGGCGACGGCGAUCUUCGGCGUAAUUUACAGGUUAAAUAGCCCGGGAGGGGAGAGGUGAGGUGAGGCUGAUGCUGGCAGCACCAACACUGUGAAAUAAACUACAAUCUCAUUAGGAGAGGCCAGCAGAUACCCCAGAGCCAUCAAAAUGUCUAAAAGCAAGAGCUCUGAAUCCGUUAAGGUAGUGGUGCGUUGCCGCCCCAUGAAUGAGAAGGAGCGAGCCGCCAACUUCGAGAGGGUGGUUUCGGUGGAUGUGAAGUUUGGGCAAGUGGCUGUGCGCAACUCUCGAGGAGCGUCUUCCCAUGAGCACCCGAAAGUGUUCACCUUUGAUUCAGUCUACGACUGGAAUUCGAAGCAGAUGGAGCUCUACGAUGAGACUUUCCGACCGCUAGUGGACUCUGUACUCUUUGGCUUCAAUGGGACCAUCUUUGCAUACGGCCAGACGGGCACCGGAAAGACUUACACGAUGGAAGGGGUGCGAAACGACCCUGACAGGAGGGGCGUCAUCCCGAACUCCUUCGAACACAUUUUCACACACAUCUCCCGCUCUCAGAACCAGCAAUACUUGGUGAGGGCUUCCUACUUGGAGAUUUAUCAAGAAGAGAUCAGGGACCUUUUAUCGAAAGACCAAUCGCGUCGGCUGGAGCUCAAAGAGAGACCGGAUACGGGUGUCUACGUUAAAGACCUCUCUUCAUUCGUCACUAAAAGUGUUCGUGAGAUUGAGCAUGUGAUGAACGUGGGGAACCAGAACCGCUCGGUUGGCGCAACUAACAUGAACGAGCACAGCUCUCGCUCUCAUGCCAUCUUCGUCAUCACCAUCGAAUGCAGUGAGUUGGGUCCGGAUGGGGAGAACCACAUUCGGGUUGGGAAACUCAACCUUGUUGACCUGGCGGGAAGUGAAAGGCAGACCAAAACUGGUGCUCAGGGCGAGCGCUUGAAAGAAGCCACCAAAAUCAAUCUCUCUUUGUCAGCUUUGGGCAACGUCAUCUCAGCGCUGGUGGAUGGGAGAAGCACCCACAUCCCAUACCGUGACUCUAAACUUACAAGACUGCUUCAGGAUUCCUUGGGCGGAAAUGCCCGUACGGUGAUGGUUGCCAACAUCGGACCUGCUUCCUACAAUUUGGAGGAGACGCUGACCACGCUACGCUAUGCAAAUCGCGCCAAAAACAUCAAGAACAAACCCCGCGUCAACGAAGACCCCAAGGAUGCCCUGCUUCGGGAGUUUCAGGAGGAGAUUGCCCGCUUGAAAGAACAGUUGGAGAAGAGGUCUGGCAGGAAGAGGAGGAAAAGGAGGAGAAGGAGGGUUGGAGAAGGAGGGGAGGAGUUAGAAGAUGGAGAGGAUGAUGAGGAGGAGGAUGACGACGAUGAAGAGGACGAAGAGGAUGGAAUGAGUGCAGAUAAGAACAUCACAGAUUAUUGGCGGGAACAACAAGAGAAGCUGGAGAAGGAGAGGAAGGCCAUCAUGGAGGACCACAGCCUGGUGGCCGAGGACAAACAGCGGCUGCUGAAAGAGAAAGAGAGGAAGAUGGACGAUCUUUGCAAAGAGAAGGAGGCGUCAGAGAUGCUGGCGGCCAAAGUUAAGGCCAUGGAAAGCAAGCUGCUGGUGGGAGGAAAGAACAUUGUCGACCACACCAAUGAGCAGCAGAGGAUUCUGGAGCUGAAGAGGCAGGAGAUAGCCGAACAGGUACACAGAAAAGGCGGAAAGGAGAUGCAGCAGGAGAUGGAGUGUCGUGACGAAGAGACGCUGGAGCUCAAAGAGACGUACACCCUGCAGCAGGAAGUUGACAUUAAGACCAAGAAACUGAAAAAGCUCUUUUCCAAGCUGCAGUCUGUGAAGGCGGAGAUUCAGGACGCCCAGGACGAACACGUCAAAUACAGGCAGGAGCUGGAGCAGACGCAGAAUGAGUUGACCAGAGAACUCAAACUUAAACAUCUGAUCAUAGAGAACUUCAUCCCAACGGAGGAGAAGAACAAGAUCGUCACGAGAGCCACUUUUGAUGAAGAAGAUGACCUUUGGAAGAUGACCCCCAUCACUCGCAUUCAAAAUGAUCAGCAGAUGAUGAAAAGGCCUGUUUCUGCAGUGGGCUACAGACGGCCUCUGAGUCAGCACGCCCGUAUGGCCAUGUUGAUGCGGCCUGAUGUCAGAUACAAGGCUGAGAAUAUCUUGCUGCUGGAGUUGGACCUUCCCACUCGGACCACAAAAGACUACGAGGGGCCGGUGAUCGCUCCUAAAGUGGCUGCGGCUCUGGAGGACGCUCUGAGGGAGGAAGAUGAGAUCCAGGUGGACGCCUCUGGUCUUCGUGCCAGCCUGGGCUCCAGUCCAGGCCUCAGUGCCUCAGCUGCUGGGUUUUCCAAGAAACCAAAGUCAGGCCGCCCAAAAACUGGCAAGAAGGUGAGCACUCCAACUUCAGCUCACAGCCCUUUGUCCGGCUCAGGGUCCCCUCUUUACCCACAGUCCCGAGGCCUUGUGCCAAAGUGAAAAUAAUGAAAACCUUCACCGCUCCAUGUAAACUGACUGGCUUUGGCAUUAAAGUUGUCAUUUUUAGACAGA